GCGGCAGCGGUAGUCCGUGGGCAGCGAAAGGGGCUGCUACGCGGGGAGGACGGCGCGAAGAGACGCGCUGCUUCUGGAUCCCAUCUGCGCUUCCUUCGGCCAGAUCGGAAGCGGCGGCUCUCUGGAUCGAGGCCGCUUCUCCGCCGCGCAUCAGAAAGAAUCCCGUUUCCUGCUUUCCCACGACCCGCGCGCCGGCAGCUGAGCAAAUGGCUCCACGCGUGUUCGGGGUGGUAGAUUGCGAGCCUCCGGGGUGGCUGUUGAGGGUUGAACCCAGAAACUUCAUUCGGACGGUGGUCCCUCAGUGUUCCUGACUUGGUCGGCUUAAAGGAGUUUUCAUUCUUGAAAAGCCCAGCAUGGAUUCUCCUGUGGUUGUGAGUAAAGGCUCCCAGUUUUCCUCCCCUGAGCCUGAUCAUCUGUUACCAGUGAAGAAGUUUUAUCAGGGUGAACCUGUGGCCCUGGGGAUCACACAGAUAUUCAUAGGAUUCAUUGGAAUAGUUUUUGGGAUCCUGGCCAACUUAAUUGAUACUGGUUCAAGUGACUUCCUGCUUAUAAAGAUACCCUACUGGGGUGGAAUCUUGCACAUUAUUUCUGGAUCCUUAACUGUGGCAGCUGCUCGGAAUCCCAAGAUCCCUCUGGUGAAAGGCAUGCUGGCAAUGAAUGUGAUAAGUGCCAUAACAGCUGGCCUUGGCAUCGUAUUCCUGUCUUUCUCAGUCAGCUCCCUCCUUCCAUUUGACAUCGGCGAUACCUGCAACUAUCAUCGUUACGACACUAAGGAAAAAUGUGAUGAAACCCAGAAUAUCGGUAAGGGAAUAUUGGUUUUUCUUAUCGUGGUCAACAUCCUGGAGUUUUGCAUCUCCAUCUCAGUGGCGUCUUUUGGCUGUAAGAUGCUUUGCCGAGAUCCCUUCACUGAAACGAUUGUGGUCGUUUAUCAGAAUGUGACACCUUCCAGUGCCAAGCAACACUCACCCUCCGACUGCAAACCGCCAGCAAUUCGCCCCUGAAUUACUUUUCUUUCACAGCAGCUCUUCCAGGGUGCAUUUGCCUCCUGCAGAUGGAAGCGAGGAGAGCCGAGGUGGCGCAGUGGUUAGAGUGCAGUACUGCAGGCCACUUCAGCUGACUGUUAUCUGCAA